AUGACAGUGCGGAAUAGCACCCGCCGUCUUAUCGUGUCACUAGAUUUUCGGGACUUUGCUGUUGAUGUGCCGAUGUCCAUUGCCGGCAGCAGCGGCCGCAGCUUCUCAGAGACCCUCCGGCUCCUUGGUACAGCGUUCCCGGCUGUGCGUUGUAUCCUGCUCGGUGGCAAUACGGGCUACGACCCCUCAGAUCUAGGCCAUCUUCUCCAUCCGGAUGAUUAUCCUGAGGAUGGCUCUGUACCGAUGCCCUUGAUAUUGGACAUUGCCGGUUGCGGCAUGCCUCUGCCAAACACAUUCUUCCACCCGUCUUACUGGAGGCAACUUGUCUACCUGGAUAUGUCCAAUGUACCGGGCUCGCUCAAGGGCAUUAUUAAGACGGGUACCUUCAAUCAGGGUGCCUUGCCACACCUUCGUAUACUCAAGCUGCGCGGGCGGGUGCUAGAUGACGCGUCGUUGGCCCCGAUUGCCGAGCACGCGAAGCAGCGCAUCUGGAGUUUGGACUUGACCAGCAACAAGCUCACGGACAGCUCUGUUCAUGCUUUGUUCUACCAGUGCUUUGGAACAGACGACCUGACUGCACAGCCAAGUCACUUCGAGGUGGAAGGGAAGCUAGCCGUCGUGGGAGAUGUGCCAGAAGAGACAAUCCCAUCACUCUGGCGAGGAUGGCUCUCUUAUAUCGUUGAAUCGGCUGCUAGUGGGACUUUCUCGCACCCGGACCGGUUCCUGGCCGAUGCGCCCGUCUACGAUGCUGACAAUCACAGCCCCCCAAGUGUAGCACGCCUCGCCGGCAAUGAACCACUGAGGAGCGAUCGUGCCAAGGAUGUGAAGCUUGCUCUGGCCGGUGGACCUGGGCAAAUGCCUCUGGACUGGCAUCACGUAUGGGAUACCGACAUCUGCAAGCUGCCCGUCUCCUUGACGCAUCUCUAUCUAAGCGGAAACCGAGACUUUACCGUAGAAGGCGUUGAGUCAAUCUUUCGCUGCUCUCGAGGCCACAUCCAGCACUUUGACUGCGCAUCGCCCACCAUUCCGACCGGCGGGCUGGUGCCCUUUACACUGACUGGCAUUCUGGGCCGAAGCCACCUCUUCCGCCCUGUGAUGGCUUCCAACUUGCGCAGCUUGCGUGUCCAUCACUCGCUGGUGACGCAAAUCCCCACGCUCAGCGACCCGUCCAGAAGCCCACGGGAGGCUUUGAUGUACGCUGAGACUGUUUUGCGCGAAAGGGCCGAGACCGCGUAUCCACUGAUGAUCGCUGAUCUCGGGCCAGAUUGGAAUCCUCGUCUGCAGUCGCUCACAUUGGCUGGACUCCCACGGAUCUCCGCCGGGCCUCUGAUCGACAAGCUGAUCCGAUUUCUUGUCUCUGCGGCCGAGCAGGAGGCGGCAGUGCGCGCACAGCAGGCGGCCGUUUCGCUGUCGCGCCACGGCCCCACCGUGCUCAGCGGCCUGAGACACUUGCGGCUUGAAUUUGAGCCUUAUCCACCACAAGACGGAGAUCUCGACGGUGCAUUUGACAGUCUGGAUGCCAAAGCGCUGCUCAACGCGAAUAGCAGUGAUGCAUUUAGCUUCUUUCGGGAAACGAGGACAGCUGUGACGACGGCAGCGGGGACAGAGGCAGCGGCAAAGAAGUCCUACCAGCUGAACGACGCCGGCCUCUGUAAGGACGGCGAGCGGACUGCGGCAGGCGGUGAUGAUGGACGAGGCAGUGGUUACGGAGAUGAGAACAUUGGCGGCGCGAACGAUAACGCCAGCAGAAACACAAACGUCCCGAGACACUCCGAUUGUCCUGGCGCUGGCGGGUCAGCUUCCCCGGAUCAUCUGCAUUCCAGAGCAGGAAAGGACAAUGUCGCUCAGGCAAAGAAGUCGGACCGACUUUCACAUUAUCCUCUGUCUGGCGCACUCGACGCCAGCAGCGAGUAUGUUCGCGAGCUGCUCUCCUUGGGAGAUAACAGUCAGACUGCUAUCAACACCACUGCCGACAACAGCACCAAUGCACAACAGACGAUUCAGCUUUCAGUCUGGGUCGGCAGCGGCCAACCGGGAACCAAUCGAGCCAUCAACGGCUAUAUGGCCAACCUCGCCAGACCGUCGCUGCGAGCAAACAUUCGACCAGCCACUCCCGAUCAAGUCGCCGCCGGUGUGCCUGUUGGGGCCUGUGUAUACAAUGCUGCCUGGGAUGCCAUUGCGUGGCUUCCGCCACCGGAUGAAAGCAAACGACAUCUUCCGACGGCUGCAACAAGUGGCGCAGUCAAUAAAGGCCGACACCGGCUGGGAUCAGCUGUACGGCCUCAUCGUCAUCCAAAGGAUGGCGUGAUGGUUGAUGUGGUUGAUGCGAUUCGCCAGUUUCGAGCAGAAACGCGGUCUGGCAAACGCAAUCCCGGCGGCUGGGCUCUACAAGCCUCGCGGCAAGACGGUCGGAUGUACGGGGAGAACCAACAGCCAGUACCUCGACACUGGGCUGGCACUCUGGAGAUUCUGCUGGCAUCCUGA